GUUUGUUUUUAUAUUUAAAAGACUAUUUUUUGUUUGUUUUGUUUUCAAACAGGAAGCUCUGUGCAGGAUCAUCAGCACGUUGGCCAAUAAGAAUGAAGAGCUCCAAAACCUCCUGGAAACAGUCGACGCCACGCUGACGGGCCUGCAGGAGGAGUCUUGUAAGGUGAUGUCAGAGCUGGAGGCGGAGCUCGAAAAGUUGUGCUCUGCUCUGGAGGAGAGGGGGGUGUGGCUUCGUGAUGUCAUCAGAGAGGAGACGCAGCGGAAAGAGACGGAGCUUCAGAAGCAGCUGUCAGAGGGAAAGUUCGCUUUGCAGUCGUGUGGAGAACUGCUCGACUUCGCAAAUCAAACACUGACAAUAACCAAUGAAGAAGAAUUCCUAAAGGCUGCAAAACAAAUCAAAGAAAGGGUAACCAUGGCUCCAGCCUUUCGGCUGACGACUCGUCCGGUGGUUUCGGAGAACAUGGCAAAAUUUACCGUGGACUUCAGCACAGAGAGGGCGGGGCUUCAACGAAUUCACUUCCUGCCAG